GAGGGAGGCAGGCUGCCAUUCAGCACAGCUUCCUCGUGGGCCAUCAGACUUCACCACCUCGACAUGCGGCUUCAAGUGCUGUCCAGCCUCCUCUGCAUCUUGCUGCUCUGCGCCUCCCUCUUCUCUGGGGAAGCGAAAAGCCCUCGGACCAAGAUUCGGAAACCUAGGCCCUGCUGCCGCCAAGCUCCCGGCUCUAACCUGCACAGGAACCGCAUCAGGAGGUGCAGACCUUGCAGGCCCAAGCCAGUGCUGCCGACCUGGGUGGUGCCCGGGGCGCUCCCACAGGUGUAGCGCCCCCGCCAGGCCUCCUGUCCGGGCUGCAGCACUGACACCGGAUGCCUGAGCCCUUUCUACCUGAGCAGCAGUGAGCAGUGGUGCAGAGGGCCUCCUCUCAGGAGCAAGAGCUCCAAGGAACCCAGAACUCUUCCAGGUCCUGGAACACACAAGUAGGCUCAGCCCAGGACUCAGGUCGCAUCAGCAUGGCAGUGGAGGACUCUGCCGUGCCCCGGAACAGAUCCAGACACAUCCGGCCCCUGGCGAUCCAGGCAUCAGGACCAGGCAGUUGGCCAGGACUUCAGUCUCAGCUAUCCCAAGGCACCUGGGCCUCUGGUACCAACACCUGUGGCCCCCAAAGGCCCCCUGCCUAGCUU